CAUGUACUGUAUGUGGAGCAGUGUACAGUGAAGCGGAGGCAGAGCGGCUCCGCGAGCUCCUCUCCACUUUCCCAUAGAGGAACCCUGACUGGCCGCUGAGGGCGAGCCACACACACGCCCUCACGCCCGGCGAGCCCGCGAGGCAGCGCCGCCCGAGAGGGGCACGGGAGCCGGGGCGCGGGCAGAAGCAGCCCGAGGAAAACAACAACAGAGCCAGCCCUCACGCCGGCGGGCGGCUCGUGGCCGCCCGGGGAGCCCCAAACUUCAUCUCGGCGAAAGUCACUAUCAUAUGACAAAGGCUUUGCUGCAGUUCAUCUUCCUCCCUGUGUACUUUCCAUUUGCCUUCCCGGAAUCCUGCUGCAUCACAGAAGCUGGAAAUUCUGAUGUUCCAUUCAAAUCACAAUGGAAAGUCUUGACUUGACCGGUCACAGUAAUGAAAGGCAGUAAUAGAAAUAAAGAUCACUCAGCAGACGGAGAAGGGGCUGGAAAACGACCAAAACGAAAGUGUCUUCAGUGGCAUCCAUUGCUAGCAAAGAAACUGCUUGACUUUUCAGAAGAGGAGGAAGAGGAAGACGAAGAGGAGGAUAUUGAUAAGGUUCAACUUCUUGGGGCCGAUGGCCUAGAGCAAGAUGUUGGUGAGACUGAUGAUGAAUCACCAGAACAACGAGCCCGGAGACCAAUGAAUGCAUUUCUCUUAUUUUGCAAACGUCAUCGCUCCCUUGUACGACAGGAACACCCCCGGCUUGAUAACCGAGGUGCUACCAAGAUACUGGCUGAUUGGUGGGCUGUUCUAGAUCCAAAGGAAAAGCAGAAAUACACAGACAUGGCCAAGGAGUAUAAAGAUGCAUUUAUGAAAGCGAAUCCUGGCUAUAAAUGGUGUCCUACCACAAACAAGCCUGUGAAAUCCCCAACACCCACUGUUAAUCCACGAAAGAAACUGUGGGCCUUCCCAUCUGAGUCUUCAAGAGAUUUGCCAAGCCCCAAGAAAGCAAAGACCGAAGAAAUGCCUCAGCUAAACUUUGGAAUGGCUGAUCCUACUCAGAUGGGAGGCCUGAGCAUGCUACUUUUAGCUGGAGAACAUGCUCUUGGAACAUCAGAGAUAUCCUCUGGCAGUUGUAGGCAGGAUGUUUCAGAAUCCCCUGAAUUGCGUCAGAAAUCACCAUUAUUUCAGUUUGCUGAGAUAUCUUCAAGUACGUCUCACCCUGAUGCUUCUUCAAAGCAGUGUCAAGCCUCAGCCUUGUUUCAGUUUGCAGAGAUUUCUUCAAACACUUCGCAGCUGGGUGGUGCGGAACCUGUGAAACGCUAUGGAAAAUCUGCACUCUUUCAACUGGCAGAGAUGUGUCUGGCAUCAGAGGGGGUUAAAAUGGAGGAAUCAAAGCUAAUGAAGGCAAAAGAAUCAGAUGGUGGAAGAAUUAAAGAAUUGGAGAAGGGAAAGGAACAAAGAGAAAUAAAAAUGGAGAAAACAGAUGAAGCCAGGUCACAGAAGGAAGCAGAAUUUGAAAAAUCAGCUAAGGAAAAUGUAAGAGAUUCUAAGGAACUAAGAAAUUUUGAGGAGCUACGAAUGGAUGAUACAAUGGAUAUAAAAGUGGAAGAUCCCAAAGAAAUUAAAAAGGAAGAACUAGAAGAAGAUCAAAAAUGUAGUCACUUCCCUGAUUUUUCUUAUUCUGCCAGUAGCAAGAUAAUAAUAAGCGAUGUUCCCAGUAGAAAGGAUCAUAUGUGCCAUCCUCAUGGAAUUAUGAUCAUUGAGGAUCCCACAGCAUUAAACAAACCAGAGAAACUAAAAAAGAAAAAGAAGAAAAGCAAAAUGGAUCGACAUGGAAAUGAUAAAUCCACACCCAAGAAGACUUGCAAAAAGAGGCAGUCUUCAGAGUCUGACAUUGAGAGUGUUAUAUACACCAUUGAAGCCGUUGCAAAGGGAGACUGGGGCAUCGAGAAACUUGGAGAAACCCCUCGCAAGAAGGUCCGCACAUCUUCAAGUGGCAAGGGAAGCAUUUUGGAUGCCAAGCCACCAAAGAAAAAAGUGAAAUCAAGAGAGAAGAAAAUGUCAAAGGAGAAAUCCUCAGACACCACCAAAGAGUCAAGACCUCCAGAUUUCAUUAAUAUUUCUGCCAGCAAGAACAUUUCUGGUGAGGUGCCAGAGGGUAUAAAAGCAGAACCAUUGACCCCCACGGAGGAUGCAUUACCACCGAGCCUAUCUGGACAGGCCAAGCCUGAGGAAAGUGACUGUCACAGAAAAAUAGAGACUUGUGGCUCCCGGAAAUCUGAGAGGUCUUGCAAAGGUGCUCUUUAUAAAACCCUGGUGUCUGAAGGCAUGCUCACCUCUCUGCGAGCUAAUGUUGACAGAGGGAAACGAAGCUCAGGAAAAGGAAACUCCUCUGACCAUGAAGGGUGUUGGAAUGAAGAAAGCUGGACGUUUAAUCAGAGUGGGACCAGUGGGAGCAAGAAGUUCAAGAAGACCAAGCCAAAGGAAGAUUCUCUCCUUGGCUCAGCAAAGCUGGAUGAAGAAUUUGAAAAGAAAUUCAACAGCCUCCCUCAAUACAGUCCUGUUACAUUUGACCGGAAAUGUGUACCUGUCCCAAGAAAAAAGAAGAAGACUGGAAACAUGGCCUCGGAACCGACUAAAACCAGCAAAGGUCCUUUCCAGUCUCAGAAAAAGAACUUAUUCCACAAAAUUGUCAGCAAAUAUAAGCACAAAAAGGAGAAGCCUAAUGUUCCGGAAAAAGGAAGUGGGGAUAAAUGGUCAAACAAGCAACUCUUCUUGGAUGCCAUUCACCCUACAGAAGCCAUAUUUUCAGAAGACAAAAACACCACAGAGCCUGCUCAUAAGGUUAAAAAUGCCCUAUCCAUUCCCAACACUCCAGAGCCAACAACAACUCAAGAACCCUUGGUGGGCAGCCAAAAGAGAAAAGCAAGGAAAACCAAGAUCACUCACCUUGUCAGGACAGCAGAUGGCCGGGUGUCACCAGCAGGAGGUACUUUGGAUGACAAACCAAAGGAACAACUGCAGAGGAGUCUCCCUAAAGUGACCGAGUCCGGCUGCGGUGACGACUGCUCACACAACACUGAGGCCGCGGAGACGCGGAGCAGCACUCCGGAGAUGCCAGCCGUGUCUGCGUUCUUCAGUCUCGCCGCGCUGGCUGAAGUGGCCGCCAUGGAGAACGUACACAGAGGUCAGAGGUCCACUCCGCUCACCCAUGAUGGACAGCCAAAAGAAAUGCCACAGGCUCCUGUACUUAUUUCCUGCGCUGACCAGUGAAGCGCCCUUUAAUUGUAAAACAUUGUGCUUUACCUACUACCCUAGCCUUGUCUUUACGGAGGGAUGCUAGUGAGUCCAUGUGGUGGAAAAUAUAGACUGCAAACAAGUGCUUGUUGCCCUACACGGCCCAGAUUCACUUGAAGCAGAAGUUAGCAUCCUGGGCCCGUUUGUUCUUUUGGAACCCAGAGUCUUUGAGGGUGAGGUUAUCUGUCUGAUAAUGAGCAGAAACAGAAUGAUCCUGGAGCUUUGCUUUCUAUUGAAGGCUUUUGACGGUAAUAGGUGGUAACUUGGUAAAAGGCUGCCUUUACUGUAGCUCAUCCAGCGUCUCUUUUACCAACCGGAGAGUGUGAAACUAGUUUCGUAUAUUACCUAGUUAUUCUUUCAAAACAAAAACAAAAAACAAAAAAACAAAAACUGACGCACUGCACUAGUUAUUAUUAGAUAUUCUUAGUCUUUUUUGUACAUGGAGAUUUAAGUUCUAAGAUGGUUUAUAUAAUAGGUUAUACCUACAUUUAUAUUGUAGAAUAAUAUUAAAAAGCCUGUUCCAGAGACCCCCAAGCAGCACGGGCAGGCACAUGUACCAUUGUUAGCGGUGUAUGCUCGGCCUCGUGGUCCAUAUAUUCUGCACUUUUAUAUUUGCCACCAGAGUGGUAGUUUGCUGGUGAAAAGGAAGAGAGAGAGAGAGAGAGAAAGAGAGAGAGAGAGAGAGAGAGAGAGAGAGAGAGAAUUACAAUUCUUACAAGCUGAGUUUUUUUCUUAGCCUUCAGUGACUAAGAAGAAUUUGCUUGGGGCAAAUUGUGGCAAAUAUUUUCCCAGACAGGGGAAGAGUCCUACAGAUUACAGAUUACUGAUGUUUUCAUGCCUUGAGGAUUCUUUUAUUUUUACACAGGGGUCUAUGUGACCAAUGGAUCGUUCAUACAAACAAAAAAAAGAAAAAUAUUAUUCAGAAGUGACCUUAGUAUUACUUCACUAUCCUAAACACAUUGAAGACACUCACUUCAUGUGGACUUUGAGCUACAGACCUUUUACAUCCAUCCCAGACAGACUGGACGGGUAGCAAUUGCUAUGCACAGCCUAAUUGGCACUGCAGGUUUUUAGAGCCAUUUGAGUUGAUGUUGUCAAGGAGGUGUUGAAUGAAUAAAUGCCGAGGGAGGGAUGCCUGACCAGAGUGGGAUUCUUAGUCACAGAUCCACCUGCAAGUUUGUUUCCUUUUUGUUUUGUUGCUUUCGGACAUAAAACCAACCAUACAUAUGCCAGUGCCAAGUGGAUUACCUGGCUUAUCUGAACAUUCGACAUACCCACUUAACCACCUGACAUUCAGUGUCUUGUUUCCUAGCAACACAUGCAAAGUGAUAAAUCAAAAUUAGUCGGAGGCUACCGAGUUUACAGGGUAUUUGUUCCAUAGCACAAAGUAGAUCCCCACUCUUGCAUCACAGCACAAACUACCAAAUUUUAAUUAUUGGAUUCCAGCAAUAAUUUUUAUUGGUUUUCAAACUGGCGGAAUUUUGAUAGUGUUAGUUCGAGUUUGAAGCUUUUGAAUUAGAUCUCUAAAUGAUGACAGUUUACAAGGUUUUAUCUAGCUUUCUUAUUUAUACUUGACUGAAUUGUAAUGAUGAUUUUUUUUUUUUCUAAUCGUAAUCUGACCUAAUAGCCAUACAAAAAACGACUCUAUUAGUACUGACUAGAUUUAGCUUUUCAUAGUUGUAGAUAUUACUUCAGUUUCGGUGCUGGAAAAUAUGUACAACAUACUAACAAUUGAAAAGAAGAUAGGGAUUUGUUUGGGUUGUUUUUUUCUUCAAAGCAGGUAAAGAGGACAGCAGAGCAUUGGAAUGGUGUCCUCAAAAAUGCAUAAACAUUGUGGGCGUGGAGGAAGAAGGAUUUAGAAAGCUAGUUAGUCCGAGGUUAAAGCUUAACCCCAUUCACGUAGAAAUAAAUCAGGUGAGCAGCCCCAGAUUUUAGCAUAAUAUUUUUACUAUGAUGCUGUUUUAUUAAUAUUUUCUAAAUUUCAAAACACAAAGUGAAUGUUUGAAAAUUGCUGGGUCCCAAUGUUGGUGGCUGUUGGAGUUUUUGGACCACUUGCUAGCAGUGAUUUAAAAAUUAUAAUUAGCUAAAAAUCCAAAAACAAAACAAAAUGAAACAAAACAAAAACCAACAACAGAAAUUGUUUGGUGCAGAACAUGCACCUUGACAAUGGUACUAACUUGUUAUUCUCUAGAACACGUUAGAAUAGAUCUAUUUUUGCCAGAGCACCGUCCUUCAAUCCUCCAAUUACAUUUCACUAGAUUUCCUUAAGAGAUUGCUGUAUAUUCAUGGGACCUUUUUUAAAAAGAAGCAAAACAAAAGAUUACUUUUUUCUAUGUGAUUAAUAUCUUACUUGAUCUGCUUUUCCUAAACCUCAGUGGCUUUUCCCUUAGGCAGGGGUGGGGUGGGAGGGCAACCUACUGGAUAUGACUGUUUUCAGAUACUUAAAAAAACAAAAAACACACACAAAAAAAAAACUUUUUGUAGAAAUGCUUAAUUUUUAAGCGGUUAGGCACUGAGAGUAGCAGAAAUCCUGCAAAGCUUUAUAGUCCUUUAGACACUCGCCUUGUUGUUUCUCUGAGUGAAGUCUUGAUUUCAAUACUAGUGCUUUUCUCAUGCCCUGAAUCCGCUGGUAAGGGGUGUUGGCAUUUUCAGGUAACAAUAUUUGUUAGCACAGAUAUUCCCAACCAACAUGUAGUGCCCCCCCCAUCUACCAUUUUCAUUUCAUUUAUCUUAUUCUUUUAUAUUUUGGAAAAUCAUAUUGCUAUGGUGUGUACCUUAAUCUGCCAGCAAACACCAUUGACACUAACAUUUGUCCCACAAGCAUCCUCAAGAGAAGUUCUUGCACCUUAUGUAUAUCUCAAGCAAACCAAAAUACGAUGCCUGCUUUGUUUUAUUCUAAAUUGUUGUAUCAUAUCUUUCUGAAAAACCAUUCUGAAUCUAGUUGAAAUUAUCGAUAUUUAUGCUUUUAACCUUAAUUUCUGGAUUCAAACCUGUAUAUAAAUCUUUUGAAAAAAAUUGUCCUAGCCCUUCUCUGUGAUGCCGAAGUGGAUGAUUUAGUCUCAGAUGGAGACGCAGUACUGUUCCAGUUUUCUUUAGCCUUUUAUUUAUUUAGUUGUUCUGGGUAUUUUCCUAUGUAAUUUUGAAGUGUGUAGAGUAUAUUAUAGUAACUGAAGCUGCAGCUGUAAGAAGCUGAGUGAAAGAAAAAAAAAAUACUGUAAGACAUCCUUUUUAAGUUUUUAUUUGUUUGGAUAACUGUAAGGAGAUCAGGAGAAGGAAACAACGUCCCACAGCCACAUUGACGAUACAGGUUCUUAUCCCCAGAUUAGGUUAGUUCCCAGAUUUUAGAUCAAACUGUAAUUCAUCAAAGCCCUUUUAUAAGGAUGAAUCAUACUGUUGUAAUUCUGACAGUCUUUUUCCCACAAAUACCAGAACUAUGUUUGUUUAAUUCUGUCAGAAGAGCUUUCUACCAAUGCCAUCUCAAAGCCAUGCUGAAAUCAUUCCCAUAUUAUCACUGAUUCUGGUUCCUGCGAUGGAACACUCCGAACAAAAAGGAGCAUCUGAACUGGUCCGGUUAUUUAUAUUCCAACAUGUUUAUUCCCUGUCACUUUCUUAGCAAGUCAGAUGCUACUCCGCCUAAGUCAUUUCAUAAAAUUUUGUUUGCACUCUGCAGUCUUUGGCUCAUCGUAUGGAAAAGUUUGCACCUAAUGUAAAAUCUCAAGCAAAUUAUAAAUUGAUCCAGAACC